AGGUCUGACAGCUGAUCUUCCGGUAUCUUCCCAUCUUGUCAGCUCGACCCGCCCAUCCAGCGGGAACACACUUCUCCUUCUGCUCUCUGUCCGCUGGAAGUUUGGGCGUUUUCUCUCCCGUUGCUCCGUUCUCAUCUCACUUACCGGACAUUUCCCCGGGAAACAACAGAGCACCGGUUCCCGUGCGGUCGUUAUUAAGCUUCUCUCCGGAGAGACGGAGUUUCCAAACGGACCGUAAACUCCGCCGACAGCCUCCAUGCUGCUGCCCGCACAGGCUGUGCGACGGCAGCUGAUUUGGGAUCAGAUGAUCUGGUAGCUGCAGGACUAAUGAAGUGAUGAAGCUGCCCGGUGCUCUCUACUGCCCCCUGUAGUUCCUCUGAGUGAUGAAGCUGCCCGGCGCUCUCUACUGCCCCCUGUGGUUCCUCCUGCUGCUGGCAGCCGGAUCUCUGCUGCUGCUCGUCCGCCUGCAGGAUCUCACCGACACCCCAGGUGUGAAUGUGCUGGUGGCUCCCAGGUGGCCUGUAGACAAGGACGACGUGGAGACAGUCUCGUCUGCGUCUCUGCCGGAGCUCCAAGACUUCAAACCGCCGGUCACCAAACGCCACAGGAAGCUGCUCCUGCAGACCCCUAACCCAUCCGCCGCCGAGGAACGCCACGGGAAGCUGCUCCUGCAGACCCCUAACCCGGCCGCCGCCGAGGAACGCCACGGGAAGCUGCUCCUGCAGACCCCUAACCCGGCCGCCGCCGUGGGCGGAGAUGGAGCGGAGGAACAGCGCCGGCAGCAGCUGGCAGAGACGCAGGCGUCCCGCCGGCGCCGGCUGAACGACGUCUGCGCCAUAUACCAGCCGGGCGCCAGCGAGCAGCGCGUCUCCCGCCGUCAGGUGUCCCGGGUCUACGUCGAGGACCGGUCCCGGCUGCUGUACUGCGAGGUUCCUAAAGCCGGCUGCUCUAACUGGAAGCGCGUGCUGAUGGUUCUGGGAGGGAAGGCCGCGUCCACAUGGGACAUCCCCCACGACGCGGCGCACGGCGCCAACCGUCUGCGGCGGCUGGACAGCUACGACGCGGCCGGCAUCACCGAGCGCCUGCGCUCCUACACCAAGGUGCUGUUCGUGCGGGAGCCCUUCGAGCGCCUGGUGUCGGCGUUCCGGGACAAGUUCGAGAGCCCCAACUCGUACUACCACCCGGUGUUCGGACGCGCCAUCAUCGCCAGGUACCGGGCCAACGCCUCGCUAGGCGCCCUGCGUAGCGGCGCUGGUGUCUCCUUCCCGGAGUUCGUGCGCUACCUGCUGGACGUGCGGCGGCCGGUGGGGAUGGACAUCCAUUGGACGCCCGUCAGCCAGCUGUGCAGCCCCUGUCUGCUGCGCUACAGCUUCAUCGGGAAGCUGGAGAGUCUGGAGGCGGACGCCAACUUCCUGCUACGCAGCGUGGGUGCACCCAGGAACCUCACCUUCCCCAACUUUAAAGACAGAAACCCGCGAGCGGAGAGGACGUCAGCCACCAUCACGCAGGUGUACUUCUCUCAGCUCAGCGCCGCCGAGAGGCAGAAAGUCUUUGACUUCUUCUACAUGGAUUACCUGAUGUUCCAGUACAACAAACCCUUCUCAGACCUCACCUGAGAACACCUGAGAACACUGCUUUUUACGCUCUUUUAAUCACUUUUUUUAGUCACUUUGAUCGCUUUUUUUCUAAGCUUUAAAGGAAUGAAAAUGAGAAACUUUUGGUGGACCCUAACGGCCCUGACACACCAACCCGACAGCCGACCGUCAGGAGGAAAGUCAGAUCCCUUGUUGGUCCAAAAAGUGCCUCGGAACAGAC